AUCCUCCCACCCACCAUUCCAACACGCUCGUCUUCCCUGUGCGCUCGCUCCCUCUCGUGCCAUGGCGCUGCUCGCCAUCCAGGGCAUGGCCAUGUCCACCGCGACCACCGCCCUCCCAUCCCACCACCACGGCGCAGUCUCCUCCUUUGUCUCCACCUCCUCCUACGCGCUCACAACCGCCGCCGCCUUCCCCCGCGCCCGCGCUACCCUCGCCGUCGGCGCCCUCACGUCGGCCACCGUCACUCCAGUUCUUGAUGUCUACUGUGGGAGAGGGGACAAGAAGACAAAACGGGGCAAAAGGUUCAACCAUUCAUAUGGCAAUGCGAGGCCUCGCAACAAGAAGAAGGGAACUGGCCCACCACGCCUUUUUGCCCCUCCAGCGCCUCCUAGGAAGGACCAGUUUGAUGAUGGGGAGAUCAUUCCAAUUGAGAUAGACGAAGACAUCCUGGAAUAGUAAACCGCCCUCAGCCUUGGCAGAUUCAGUGCUAUCAGCAUCUAGUGAGUAACUGGUCCAAGAUUUGUUUUCAACCAUACAUUAAAUGCCGCGCUCCAAGAAAAUAAGCAAUAGCAUUGCAGUUUUCAUGAAAUAACCAGUGUAUUGCUUAGCACUGGUGCCUACUGCUUCUAUCUCUUCUGUAUCCAUUGCUGUUGCCCUAAUUUCUACACUAUGUCUCAGUACUCUCAAGAGUUAUGGACUGUAUCAGACAGCUAAAUAUGAUCCUGACUAGUUGAAUUUGGACCUCAAAAUA